CCUGCCAGGGGAUCGCGAGUAAAAAUAAUCCUUUCCAGGACAGCCCGGGACAGGAUUGACGCACACUUUCUGCAGCUAAGCCGCCAGACUUGCAAGCCCUACGGACCUGCAACGUGUCAGGGAACACAUCAUCCUAAGCCCGUCGUGUGUGCGAGCUGCAAGAGCCAAAGCAAAUUACAAGAACGCCAGCAGCCGCUGCAGGUAGCCAAAUAUGUCGGACUCCCCCCAAUCUCCUCCCAAGGAUGUCGACCAAGGUGUACAAUCACCGGAAGAGGAACAAAUGAACGAGGCUCAAGACCCACAGUCCGGUGGACUCACCUAUGAGUUCGAGGUCAAGGAGCAGGACCGCUGGUUGCCCAUAGCCAAUGUCGCUCGCAUCAUGAAGAAUGCGCUCCCUGAAAACGCAAAGAUCGCCAAGGAAGCGAAAGAAUGCAUGCAGGAAUGCGUCAGCGAGUUCAUCUCCUUCAUUACGAGUGAGGCCUCGGAGAAGUGUCAUCAGGAGAAGAGAAAGACGGUUAACGGAGAAGACAUUCUAUUCGCCAUGACUUCUUUGGGAUUCGAGAACUACGCAGAAGCCCUCAAGAUCUACCUCUCGAAAUACAGAGAACAAUCCCAGUCCAACAGGGGAGAAACCUCCCACCGUCCAGGCAGCAGCGGCUACGGCGCCAACCCGCCAACCGGAGCAGGAAGUUUCCAAGCCGAGCCACAAAACAGCGUCCUCGGAGGCCAGCAAGGAGAUGGCACCGCCGACGCUCAGGGCUACAUGUACGGCGCGCAGACGGCGCACAAUGGUACCGGUGGCGCCGACGGCUACCAGUAAUGUGAUUUACACCUGAGACGACUGGACAGUGUUUUGAAAGGGCGAUUUUAUUUUUUCUCCAUCUCGACAUAUAUGUACUAAUUGCGACU